AUGGCCACUCCUCAGCUCUUUCGAGUCCGCCGACAGCUCAGUGUCGCGCUCUAUGGCGAAGUCCUCGAGUGCGAACUCCCGGGCCACGACCAGCUCGUGGCCGUCAAGUGCAUCUCGCUCGCUCGAGCCGCUGACCGCCGAAGUCACGUCCACGCGACGCGCGAGAUCGACAACCCCCUGCAAGAACAGCGGGUCGCUGCUCUGCUCGAAGCCAAAGGCGGACACCGCAACGUCGUGCAGUCGUACUUUCACUUUGUCCAGGACCGGAGCCUCUACCUCGUGAACGAGCUCUGCACGGGCGGCGACUUGCACGCGUUCGUGGCCGAGCGACUCGACGCCGCGACGUUUCUCGACGAACACGAAGUGCUGCCUCUGAUGCAGCAGGUGCUGGCCGGCGUGCACUACUUGCACGCGACACUUGGCGUCGCCCAUCGAGACCUGUCGCUCGAGAACGUCUUGCUCAGUCGUGGCGUGUGCAAGAUCACGGACUUUGGCCUGUCGACGGACGCCCGGCGGCUGUGCGACGGGGGCCAAGUGGGCAAGGAGUUCUACAUGGCGCCUGAAGUCGUUGCAGGGGACCGAUACGACCCAACGCUGGCUGACGUGUGGUCGCUCGGAAUCGUGUGGUUUGUUCUGCUGACGGGGUCGCCCCUGCUGUCGCUUGCCUCGCCUUCGGUAAAAGGGUUCAAGGCAUUGGCACAGUGCGGCGUCGGUGCAGUGAUCAGGUCCUGGGGCUAUGCCGACCGCAUUUCGAGAGACACGAUCGCGGUACUGGAAAAGAUGCUGGAGGUUGACCCGCAACAGCGCAUGUCACUUGACCAGGUGUUAGCGUAUCCGAUGUUCAACCACGUCGCUGACGUGAAGCUGUCGUAG